AUGCCGACACUCAAAAAUUCAGACAUCAUCCGAAACAAGCCAAUCGGCGAGGGAUUAGAUGCAUUUCGCGACAGCCUAACGUCAGCGUGUAGAGAUGCUGGUUUUCCAUGCUCCAUAGAUUCCGUGCGCCAAAUAGACACCGAAGUUAUCCAAAACCUGAUCCUUGAUUUGAUAUUGGCAUUACAAGCACUUCCAGCUUCGCGCUCAUUACCUUCCAGCAGUGGGGGCAGAAACCUCUUUGGUGACUUAUCGAGACUAAGUGCAACUAUUAAUUCCGAUGAAUUUGCCACCGAACGGCUCAUUCCAGCUCUUGGUGCGAUCCUGAACAGAGAAUCAGACGAAGUCAUUUGGGACAAGGUCUACGCUGUUGCGACAGAAUCAACUCCUCCUCCACGGCCGUUACCUCUACUGAACCAGACACCGUACUUGCACACCACAAGCAGUCUCGUUAACUCUUCUGAGCGCCGAAAACAUGUUGAUGAAGUACUUAGGGAAGAGCUUGGUUCAAUUCACAUUGGCGUCCCUGGCUUCUUCGAAGCGUACUUUGGAGGAAUUGAUGGGCUGGAUAAAGACAGCGCUGCUGUAUUUCAGAAAUGCAAGCAAGGAGAUCCACCUCUUUUCGUGGAAGGAGAGGGCUGGCGGGGCUGGCCUGAAACUGCCAAGGAAAAAGAGGUGCUUGUCUGGCUUACUACACUCGUCAAUGCUUUUCACGAUAUUGCGAUCGAGGAAGGCCUGCCGAUGCCAAGUCAUCGUACGCUUUUAUCACAGCCCGAUCAACCGUUACAAGGAUCUACGGCAGAGCGAAAGCUGGACAUUGGUUUUACAUGUCAAUCCGGUCUAAACGAUCGCUCUAGGUAUCAUUGGUCACAUGUUUUAGUAUUGGGCGAGCUGAAGAGUAAUCCGAACGCCGAUACAGCCUCGAGGACGUGGCGUGAUUUAGGGCGUUAUGCAAGGGAGGUUCUUACCACCCAGGACACUCGUCGGUUUACCUUGGGCUUUACAUUGUGUGGGCCCAAUAUGCGACUCUGGGAGUUUGACCGCGUGGGGGCAAUGGCAUCCUCCUCCUUUGAUGUCAACAAGGACGGGCUUCAAUUCGUUUCAGCAAUUUUGGGCUUUCUUUUGAUGAACGAUGAGCAGUUAGGAUAUGACCCCAGCAUCAUCUCCACUUCGAGUGGUACAAAGUACAUAGAGAUACUGCGUGAUGGACGUUCCGAGCGUCUUAUCCUUGAAGGACUUAUGAAGAGAUCCGCCUGCGUUGCUGGAAGAGCUACGACUUGCUGGAAAGCCCGCCGUGAAGGGGACGACACAAAUGUGCCGCUUGUUAUUAAAGAUUCAUGGCAGUACCCAGAGCGAGAAGAAGAAGGCGAACUUUUACGAGGAGCAACGGAGAAAGACGUGGUGAAUGUGGCAAGGUACUAUUACCAUGAAACCGUCCAAGUGAACGGAAGAGUCGAUAAUAUUUGCGACAAUGUUCGGAAGGGACUGGAUCUGAGACAAGCAACAAAUUUCAGGCCGUCGCGAUACGAACUUCCUUCAACUGCACAUGAUACGUCACGAAUAGGAAGGAUUGAUCGUUCCGCAAGCACUACCGGCCGGAAGAGGUCAUCUAGUCAAACUGGUGCAAUAUUGCCACCAAGGAAACGCCCUUGCUCGAGCUCGCCUUCCAAAGGUGUGCGCAACAAUAACAUACAGGAUAGGGUACAUCGUCGAGUGAUUGUCUGUGAUUAUGGAACUCCCAUAUAUAGAGCAACAUCACGUGUUUCACUACUAUGUGCACUUAAGACUUGUAUAGAAGGCUAUCAAUCUUUGCAUACAAAAGUAGGGCUUUUACAAGGUGACAUUUCGACUGGGAACCUUAUUUUAAAUGAAGAAGUAGGAAAUCCAUCGUGGCCAGGGUUCCUUAUCGAUUUGGAUCUUGCUAUCAAGGAACAACGAGAACGGUCAUCCGGAGCCAGAGGAAAGACUGGGACAAGGGCUUUCAUGGCGAUAGGUCUACUCUUUGGCGAGCAACAUUCAUUUAGGCAUGACCUCGAAUCCUUCUUUUGGGUACUAUUCUGGAUAUGUAUUCACUACGAUGGCUCAGGCAAGGAGGUUGAGCCCACUGAUUUCGACUGUUGGAAUUAUGAGGAUGACAGAAAGUUGGCUCGCUCUAAGCAAGGUAUCGUUGCUGAUGAAGAGGAUUUUCUUAAGAUUGCUGGGGACUCAUUCUCGUCACACUAUAAACCAUUGGUUCCUUGGGUCAACAGAUUACGGAGAGUGGUGUUUCCGGGAGGUGUACGAAGAAAGGAUGACGAUGCACAUCUUUAUUCUCAAAUGAAAGAUAUCCUUCAGGAUGCAACUAGUGAUCCGAAGGUGGUAGAGUCAUAG